AUUCAGUGAGAAUGUGAAAAAAGGAAAAAAGAAACAGCCCGGGGGUGCCGCGAUAGCUCUCAGACAAACCCGGCUCGGCUUGCUUUGCGUGACAGCUGCGGGACCAAUGGAAACAUGCGGGAAGCCAGCUGCGCUAAAGGCUGCAGCCAAUGGAAAAUGUGAGAUCCGGAGAGCCGAGGUUAGGCUGGCUGCAGCAGCCAAACUUCCCAGUGAAAUUUAAAAAAAGGCUGUUUGUGUUUUGGCUGCUGCAGAGGCCAUUUUAGGUAAGAAUCGUCCUCUAAGUUGGGGAUGCGGGGCGAUGAUGUUUGCGGGUGCAGACGGGAGCUGGAGUCCCGCAUCCAGGCUGAACGCGGUGCGGGCUGCUGGAAGCUUUAUGUGGAUUAAAUAGAUAUUCCACUCCUCUUUUCUCCCUCCCUCCCCAUCCCUCUCUCCCUCCCUCCCUCUCCGUUGCGUGCUAAUUUUUUAUGCAUUUUUCUAAACUGUCAUGGCGAUUUUGUGUCCUUGGAAAUAAAAAAAGCAGCGGGCGCCUCUUUUUCUCCGCUUCUCGGGCUCGCCGGGGUGAGACUGCGGCCGGGAGUCCGGAGCAGAUGCUGUGAACGGUUAGAAGAUGAAAAUCCUCAAGAAGGACAAGCAGCAGAUGUUCACUGGCCUCCCGAAGCACACGCCGCCUCCAGCCUCCCCCGCUGUCGCCGUCGCCGCCUCGGACCAAGGCAGCAUCGCACAAACCGCAGUUCCCACAAUCCCUCGGGGACACCUGGUCGUCGGCUCCAGGCAACAGCUCCGGAUCCUCACCCCAGUGGGCAGCACAUCAACAGCCAAUCACUGUGCGGCGGUCGGCCUGCACGCCGCCAGGUCCCAUGCCUCCUUGAAUGAGGAAGAUGAGGGAGGAGGUGGGGGCAGGGUGAAGAAGAAACGAAAGAAAAAGGACAAGAGGCAGUGGGAGAAAGUCGAAGCCGAAGAGGAGGAGAAGGAGAGCAGCAAACCAAAGAGACAAAAGGAGGAGAAGGAGACGACUGUGCUGACGCUGAGGAGGAGCAAAGAGCCGAAGGAGGGCAAGGAGAGGAAGGAGCGGCGCACCAAGGGGAAGGGCAGCCGGAAGGAGAGCGGUGCAGAUCCCAGAAAUGCGGCAGGUGGGAAAACCUCGGAGCCGCCCGUGGCUUCUGGACCGGUUCCAGUCCCGGUCAAAAUUCCUGGGAAAAGAGGUCGGAAACCGAAGGUUAAGGUCCUCCCUCCUGUCCCGGCGAACCAAGCAGGGCCUCAAGUAAACAACAGCCAGGCCGCCCAGAUCCACGGGAAGAGUCAUGGCCAGGCCAACAGCAAGACUGCAGCCCCCACGGCGCCAAAGCAGAGGGGCCGCAAACCCAAAGACCCAGGUGCGGCGCCACUGGAGAAGAAGAAGAAAGGGAAGAGGAGAAACCAGGACCUGGCUGUCCAGGAGGGGGCGGAGAGCGACGACGCCACCUCAACGUCGGCGCUCAACAUGGGAGGCGACGACAGCCAGGACCCCCUGGACAACGCUAAGCGGCGUUCGGGUCGACAGGUCAAAAGGAGGAAGUACAACGAAGACUUGGACUUCAAGGUGGUGGACGACGACGGAGAGACGAUCGCCGUUCUGGGAGCCGGACGCAUCUCGGCGCUCAACGCUACGGCUCUGGCAUGGCAGGCAGAAGAACCUCCAGAGGACGAGGCCAACAUCAUCGAGAAAAUUCUGGCUGUCAGACAAAUGAAGAAAGAGACUUCAUCAGAGGACCAAACGGAGGACAUGGAGGAGUUUUAUGUCAAAUACAGAAAUUUUUCCUACCUGCACUGCAAAUGGGCCACUUUGGAAGAGCUGGAGAAAGAUCCCAGAAUCCACCAGAAGAUCAAACGGUUCAGGACCAAACAGGCUCAGAUGAAGCACCUGUUCACUGAGCCCGACGACGACAUAUUCAACCCAGACUACGUGGAGGUCGACCGCGUCCUGGAAGUGGCCGUUACCACGGAUACAGAGACGGGCGAGGAGGUGACCCACUACCUGGUGAAGUGGUGCAGCCUGUCGUACGAGGAGGCGACCUGGGAGCUGCAGGAGGACCUGGACCCGGAGAAGAUCCGGGAGUUCGAGGAGAUCCAGAAGCGGCCGGCGGACCUCAGGCACAUGGAACGCCCACCUCCAGAUAAAUGGCAGAAGCUGGAUCGCUCCAGAGAUUACCGGAAUGGAAACCAGCUCAGAGAAUACCAGUUGGAGGGAAUGAACUGGCUGAUGUUCAACUGGUACAACCGGAAAAACUGCAUCCUGGCAGAUGAAAUGGGUUUGGGGAAGACCAUCCAGUCGAUCACGUUCCUGUACGAAAUCUUCAACAUGGGCAUCCGCGGGCCGUUCCUCAUCAUCGCCCCGCUGUCCACCAUCACCAACUGGGAGCGGGAGUUUCGCACGUGGACGCACAUGAACGUCAUUGUGUACCACGGCUCGCAGAUCAGCCGCCAGAUGAUCCUGCAGUACGAGAUGUUCUACAGAGACCAGCAGGGCAACACGAUCUCAGGCGGGCUGAAGUUCCACGGCCUGAUCACCACCUUCGAGAUGAUCAUGGCCGACUGCCCGGAGCUGAAGAAGCUGCAGUGGCGCUGCGUUGUGAUCGACGAGGCCCACCGCCUCAAGAACAGGAACUGCAAGCUGCUGGAGGGACUGAAGCUCAUGAACCUGGAACACAAGGUGCUUCUGACUGGAACGCCGCUGCAGAACUCGGUGGAGGAGCUGUUCAGUCUGCUGAACUUCCUGGAGCCGCAGCAGUUUCCCUCAGAGAGCUCCUUCCUGGAGGAGUUCGGAGACCUGAAGACGGACGAGCAGGUGAAGAAGCUUCAGUCAAUUUUAAAACCAAUGAUGCUGAGGAGACUGAAGGACGAUGUGGAGAAAAAUCUGGCGCCUAAAGAGGAAACCAUCAUCGAGGUGGAGCUGACGAACAUCCAGAAGAAAUACUACCGGGCCAUCCUGGAGAAGAACUUCUCCUUCCUGUCUAAAGGAGCAAACCAACACAAUAUGCCGAACCUCAUUAACACCAUGAUGGAGCUCCGAAAGUGCUGCAACCACCCGUACCUGAUCACAGGCGCGGAGGAGAAGAUUCUGGAAAGCUUCAGGAAGAGCCACAGCCCGGAGGCGCCCGACUUCCAGCUGCAGGCGAUGAUCCAGGCGGCCGGGAAGCUGGUUCUGAUCGACAAGCUGCUGCCCAAGCUGCUGUCGGGGGGCCACAAGGUGCUGAUCUUCUCCCAGAUGGUCCGCUGCCUGGACAUCCUGGAGGACUACCUCAUCCAGAGGCGCUACACGUACGAACGCAUCGACGGCCGAGUGCGAGGGAACCUGCGGCAGGCGGCCAUCGACCGGUUCUGCAAGCCCGACUCGGACCGCUUCGUGUUCCUGCUCUGCACCCGGGCCGGAGGCCUGGGGAUCAACCUGACGGCCGCCGACACCUGCAUCAUCUUCGACUCGGACUGGAACCCGCAGAACGACCUGCAGGCUCAGGCUCGGUGCCAUCGGAUCGGACAGAGCAAAGCGGUGAAAGUCUACAGACUGAUCACCAGAAACUCGUACGAGAGGGAAAUGUUCGACAAGGCCAGCCUGAAGCUGGGUUUGGACAAAGCCGUUCUUCAGGACAUCAACCGCAAAGGAAGCCUCAACGGGGUGCAGCAGCUUUCUAAGCUGGAAGUGGAGGAUUUGUUGAAGAAGGGAGCGUACGGCGCGCUGAUGGACGAAGAAGACGAAGGCUCCAAGUUCUGCGAGGAAGACAUCGAUCAGAUCCUGCAGAGGCGAACGCAGACCAUCACCAUCCAGUCUGAAGGGAAAGGCUCCACGUUUGCAAAGGCCAGCUUUGUGUCGUCCGGCAACAGAACGGACAUUUCUUUAGACGAUCCAAACUUCUGGCAGAAAUGGGCAAAAAUCGCUGAGGUGGAAAUCGACUCCAGAUCAGAGAAGGAGUCCCUGGUGAUCGACACGCCGCGCGUCAGGAAACAAACCCGCCACUACAACUCCUUCGAGGACGACGAGUUGAUGGAGUUUUCCGAGCUGGACAGCGACUCGGAGGAGCGGCCGUGUCGGACCCGUCGCCUUGGCGAACGCGCCCGGCGGUACCUCCGCGCCGAAUGCUUCAGGGUCGAGAAGAAUCUCCUGAUCUUCGGUUGGGGUCGGUGGAAGGACAUCCUGAACCACGGUCGCUUUAAAUGGCACCUGGCGGAGCGAGACAUGGAGGUGAUCUGUCGGGCUCUGCUGGUUUACUGCCUGAAACACUACAAAGGUGACGACAAGAUCAAGAGCUUCAUCUGGGAUCUGAUCUCUCCUUCUAAAGACGGACAGGACCAGGCGCUGCUCAACCAUUCGGGUCUGUCUGCUCCGGUUCCUCGGGGCAGGAAGGGGAAGAAGCUGAAGAAUCAGCUGAACGUUCCCGACGUUAAAAACGUUGACUGGCUGGUCCACUGUAACCCUGAGGUGGUGCUUCAGGACGAGAGCUACAAGAAACACCUCAAACAGCACUGCAACAAGGUGCUGCUGAGGGUGAGGAUGCUUUACUACCUGAAGGUGGAGGUUCUGGGUGAGGCUGCCAAUCAAUCUCAGGAGGGGGUACCUGCCAGUAAGCUGGAGGUGUCGCUACCUGACAUCGACUACAUUGAGAUUCCAGUGACUUGGUGGGACGCAGACGCUGACAAGUCUCUCCUCAUAGGAGUCCACAAACACGGAUACGAGCGUUACAACGCCAUGCGGGCCGAUCCCGACCUCUGCUUCCUGGAAAGAGUUGGGAUGCCGGACGUCACAGCUCUGUCUGCAGAGCAGGGAGGAUCGGAGGCGGCUGCUGAACUGACGGACAGCAGCUGUAAAACGGAGGAGGCGAAGGAGAAACCGGAAAGCAAAGCGAACGGAGAGGAGGACCAAGACGACAACAGACAGGAAACCUGUUCCAGCAUCGUCACAUCAGAGAUACCCGACAGCACGGCUCAGGCCGAGGCGGCGGACCAGCAGCAGCAGAAAGACGUUCCAGAUUCUCAGACGCCAGCCGACCCGUGCAACCAAGAUGGACCCCUGGUUACCACGACGACGACGGGCACCGGGUCGGGCGUGGCAUCUCUUCACGUCGUCCAGGCGCGGCCGCUGUGGCCCGCCGGCCCGGCCCUGACGGCCCGGUUCCGCCGCCUGAUCACGGCCUACCAGCGCUUCACGCUGCGCAGGGAGCCUCUGCUGCGGCACGACUUCCUGCUGCACGACGGCCUGGUCGGCAUGGCGAUGGGGGGCGCGGGGUCGGCUCACGGUCACCACGGUGGCGGGCCGCUGGCCUGGCAGCUGGGCGAGGAGCUGAGGAGGUGCUCGGUGGUUUCCACGGAGACGGAUCCGUUGUUCCUGGAGUGGCAGAGGAGGUGGACCCGCCGGGAGCAGGCGGACUUUUACCGCACCGUUUCGUCCUUCGGCGUUGUCUACGAUCCGGAGAGGAAGGUGUUCGACUGGUCCCAGUUCAGAGCGCUGGCCCGGCUGGAGAGGAAGACGGACGAGAGCCUGGAGCGAUACUUCAACUCGUUCGUCAACAUGUGCAGGACGGCCUGCAAGCUUCCGCCGAAGAAAGAAGAAGGGUUGGAAGAUCCGGGCGUUCUUGUGGAGCCGCUGACCGAAGAGCGCGCCGCCAGGACGCUGUAUCGCAUCGAGUUGCUGAGGAAGAUCCGAGAGCAGGUUCUGCGCCACCCGCUCCUGUCGGCCCGCCUCCAGCUGUGCCGGCCGUCCCUCUACCUCCCCGUCUGGUGGGAGAGCGGGAAGCACGACCGGGACCUGCUGGUCGGUGCGGCCCGCCACGGCCUCAGCCGCACCGACUUCUACAUCCUCAACGACCCGCAGCUCAGCUUCCUGGAGGCUCACAGGAACUACGUCAGGCGGCACCCCGCUCAUCUUCAUCCCCACAGCCAUCAUCACCCUCACCACCCUGGGAUGGCGGCGUCUUCGUCCCAGCUGCCUCACUGCUGCCUGUACGAGUCGGGGCUCGGCCAUCACUCCCCUCAGCCUCCGGAGUAUCCGCACCAGGCCUCCAACCACCACCAGCACCACCAGCAGCCGCCGCCCACGCCCUCGCCCUCCUCUUCCUCAUCCUCCUCCUCUCACCCCCACCUUCAGCCUCCGCCGCUGGACGCCGGGGACUCCGGCUCGCCCAGCCUGGGCUUGGUACCGGGGUCGCGGGUGGACUUCCUGGACUGCGCUCCGUUGGAUGAGACGCUGGAGCUGGGGGCGCUGCACGGAGGGAAGGUCUGCAAGGACGCGCUCAACGGGUUCCCCUUCAACUCCGCCACCGGGGGUCAGAGCAUGCUCAACUCAUACGGAGUGGGCGGAGCCGACCUGGACGCCAACCUGAGGAGCGACGUCCUGGUCGGUGAGCAGGGCUCGUCGGAGGAAACGGGGCUGCUGGCGCCGUCGGUGGAGCUGGAUCAGCUACAGGCUCCCUGGGACAGCGCAGAUCACACCAGUCCAGCUGAGCACAUGUUCAACGAGUCUGACCCCAUCCUCGGCCCCGCCGCCCUGGAGACGGGCUUCCUGGAGGAGGAGGAUGAGGAGGCUCAGGGGGGAGACAGAGGAGGAGAGGAAGGAAGGACUCUGGAGGAGUGUUUAGGCCUCCCACCUUCAUCCACUCCGUCUCACCCUUCGACGGGGGAUUCAGUGGAGCCGCUGUCGUCAAGCUACAUGCUCUUUAAGGACAUUGGCGUGAACGAAGAGGCCAGUCCGGAUCAAACGGACCUGUCGGCCAGUCCGCCGCUCCCCUACGUCCCGCCUCCACCCCUCUCUUUACCCGACAUCACCGCCCACGAGCCGCAGGAUGGACUCGGCCACUCCAACGUCUCCGAGAGCUUGAUCCACCCAGCGGAGGAAGGAGACGACCAGGAAGGAGGCGCUGGGUUUGAAUUCGAAGACAAAGAUGAAGAGGAAGCAGAGAAGGAAGGUGCGGACCGUGGCGUCGGCGUCCUGGACGUUCCCCAGAUGGAGGACGGAGAACGGGAGCUGGAUAAGACGGAGGAGAUCCUGCAGCGACUUUCUCCGGACCUCCAGGACGAUAGCGAGGAUUUGUCCCGGGAGGUGCAGCCGUACCUGGGGAAGCUGGAGCAGGACGGCAGCUUGGCGUGUCCGGCGUCCAUCGAGGCGCCGCCAGAAGACGUGGACGGCCUGAUCCUGUAUCAGACCGAAGAGGAACGCUCGAUGGACAGUUCUCUUGAUGCCGAAGCGUUUAUCCGGAACGAAACCGGAGAGUUUUUGGAAAUGAAGGAGAGCUGUGAAAGUUCUGGUGGCGGUUUUGGCGCGGAUCAGGUUAACGAGAUCUCCGAGGGUCGGCUGGACUGCGUCUCUCUGGGCGACGCUGUGGAGGAACCGAUGGAGGAUAAACCUGGUCUGAUGGCGAUGGCCGGGUCAGAGUUAGCAGAACCCAGAGAGCGUACCGUCUCAAUAGAUCCCAACCUGAACCGGAGCGAAACCUCGUCUUUCUCUCUGGAUCGAGAAAAUCUCCUGGAUCAAAAUGAAAUCAAGGCUAAUUUGACUUUAAACGACGUCGAUGCGAAGUCAUCGGAUCUUAAAUUCUCCAUCGAUGAAGAGAAGAAGCCACUGCGUUUCGUGAUUCCGAAAACCGAGGCAGCAGAGGACGUCUGCCCAGACAGCUCCGACAUCAAGCAUUCCCGUUUCCUCUCCUUCCCCAUGAAGUCCGAGGACACCAAAGCCGAGCAACUGGAGUUUCCUUUGCGUUCACCGUUGCUCGACGUCAAACCCGAAGACCUCAGCCUCUCCAUGAAGUCCGAGAGCUUCGACGUCAAACCCGAAGUCCUGCAGUUUGUCGCUUUCUCGGACGGCGGCAAUAUCAAACCGGAAGUGAAGCCGGCCAACCUGCGGUUCGCUGUCUAUCCGGACGGCGUGAGGUUCAAGGCGGAGAUCAAACCAGAAGCUCUGAGGUUGGCCGGAUUUCCGGAGACGUCCGUCGUCAAGCCCGAAAGCAAACCUGAUGCUCUGGAGUUUGCGGCAUUCCCGAACAGCUCUGGGAUCAAAGCCGAGGUGAAGCCGGAGGUUCUGGAGUUCACAACCUCGUCUGAGGUCAAGAUGGAGAUGAAGCGGGAGACGCUGGAGGCGGACAGCACGGUCCUGACGCCGAAGCUGGAGCAGGGAGAAUCAGCGGCGGAGAGUCCGCUGAAAGGCCAGGUGAAGGAGGAGAGGCCGAGCUCCCCGGUUCCUGUGGUGGAAGGAUAUCCCGGCAGUCCGAGGUUUGCAGCUCCGGCUUCCAUGUAUGAGAUUCCCGAAGGCCUGCAUGAGAGCCGGGAGCCGACCAUCGCUCAGCUGCUGCAGGAGAAGGCGCUCUUCUCCUUCUCUGAGUGGCCAAAGGACAGAGUUAUUAUCAACCGGCUGGACAGCAUCUGCCACGCCAUCCUGAAAGGAAAAUGGCCGUCAUCGAGCGAGCAAUACGACUCCCCUGGGUCCGUGGCGGCUAACUCGUGUCUGGCUAACAGUUUAGCGCAGCACCACCAGCACCGAGCCGGGUUCCUGUCCGGCGCCUCGCCGGGCCAGCCGCGGGUCCAGCUGGGCGGUCUGGGGUUCCCCGUCCCGCCGCCCCUCACACGACUUCCCAAGUACGUGCCGCGGGGCGCCGCAUGUGGGCGCGCAGCUUGGCGCCUCACCUCCUUGCCUCUCUUGCAGGAGAGGCUCGUGGCUCCUCCCUUCCUCCCUGAGCUCAAACGGGCCGGAGGACGCCGGUCCUUCGACUACGAAGCCGCUGCAGCCGCCGCGGCCGCAAAGAUCUUAGCCGGGAAGUCUGCAUCGCCGAGCCACACGAGCGCCGCCGCUGCCAGCAGCUCCGGCGAAGAGAAAGUGGCGGCGGUGGCCGCUCCGUCCCACCGCACCGGCGCCAUGCUGAACGGCUGGCAGGAAGCGGCGAUAGAUCUGACAAAAUCCUCUGGAGAAAUCAGCACCACGAGCGGCGCGGGGACGAACGAAGCCGCUGGAAUGGGCCACCCCAACGCCGGCGCUGGAGGCAGCCACAAGCUGCCGCCCAUCACGGCGCCGCUGCCCGGCUCGGUGGGGAUCGACAUGUCUGGCAUUCUGCAGGCGGGGCUCAUCCACCCGGUCACAGGGCAGAUCGUCAACGGGAGCCUGAGGGGAGACGACUCCCUGAGGAGGAGGAGAGGGAGACGGAGAAACGUGGAGGCUCUGUACUCCGAGUUCGCCAAGAGCCGGGGGCUGCACCUGCCGGAGGCACAGGCUCGGGUUGAGGCCAUCAGCCACUCCUCCGUGUCGUCCUCCACCUCCUCGCCGUCCCCGUCUCCGUCCGAUCGGCCUGCUGGUCCUCCCACUCCCUCCUCCUCCUCCACCCCCACCCCCACUCAGACGCCUCCUCAGCCAGAGAUCGUGGCCAUCGACAGGGAAGCAGCCAGCAAAGGCCUGAUCGAGUGGCUGAGACAGAAUCCGGGCUACAGCAUGGAUCUGCCGGCCUUCGCUCACUCGGGAGCGAGUCUCCUGCACGGCUUUGUGGAGCGUCCCAAACAGAGGAGGCAUCGCUGCAAAGAUCCCACCAAGCUGGACAUCAACACUCUGACGGGGGAGGAGAGAGUUCCUGUAGUUCACCGAGGAACAGGACGCAGGCUUGGUGGCGCUAUGGCUCCGGCUAUCAAGGAGCUUUCCAGGUGGCUUGAUGCUAACUCGGAGUAUUUCGUCGCUCCAGACUGGGCGGACGUGGUCAAACACUCUGGUUUCCUUCCUGAGGGGAAGUUCUCUCGGAUCCUGACAGAACCGGUCAACCGGGACCCGGGUUCGCGUCGCCGCGGACGACGGCCGCGCAGUGAGAUGCCGAAGCCGCUCCUGUCCGUGUCGGACUCCGCCUCCGCGGGCCUCGGCCCGCCGCUCUACAUGAACGGCGGCCUGAUCGGCAGCAUGGACUCCAUCGUGACCCUGCAGAACCUCCGCGGCGCCAUCCCCGGGAUCCCCAUCAUGGCGGCCGGAUUCCCACACGGAUUCCCCGCGGGGAGCGGCGGGUCGGCGGCGGACGACGCCAAGAACGGGCUGAGCAUGCUGCCCAUGAUGCUGCACGGCAUCCCGCACCCACAUGGCGCCGCUGCCAUCCCGCAGCACGCCCUGUUCAGCGUCGGCACCAUGAUGGCGCACGCGCCGCCGCCGCACUCCACCGCCUCCGCUUCUGCAUCCACCGUCACCACGACAACCGCAGCGUCGGAGGCAGCCAGCCCGUCAUCGACGACCGCCGCCGCCGAUCGAGAGAGUGGCGCCGACAAGGAGAAGCCAGCAGAGGGCGCCAAGCGAACGGCGGAGGCGGCAGCGGCCGUCAUCACCUCCACCAGCAGAGUGCAUCACACCUUCAACCCCUUCCUGAUCCCCGGCGUGUCGCACGGCCUGCUGUACCCGCACAUGUUCCUCCCCCACGGCGGCAUCAUGGCGCUGCCCGCCGUGACGCCGGGCGGCGGCGACGGCGCGCCGGGAAGCCCCAAAAGAAGGAGGAAACGGGUGAGGGAGGAGGAGGAGAGAGAGAGGGGGAAAUCAGGAGACGCGGAGGAGAGAGAAAGUACAGUUACCGUCACCGCGUCCUCAUCUGCCUCGCCGCCGAGCGAGGACAGCCGGGUCGGCCGGGCGGAACCGGACUCCAUCAGCCACGGAGAAAAAGCUGCGGCGCCGGAGGAGAAAGAGGACGGGUCGGAGGAGACGGGGGACGAGGUGGACAGACGGGACGGCGAGGCGGCGUAGGACAUCGUCUCCCUGCGUCUCACUGCAAAAACACAAAAUAUCAACAAAUGUUUCUGUCCAGUUUCUACUGUAAAUAUCCAAUCACUCUUAAAACGAAACCAAACUAACUGAUGAAAAACUUUUCAGGAAGAAAUAAGAGCUUGUCUUACAUCAGGGGUGUCCAAACGUUUGGACUUGAGGACCAAAAAAAAACUUUUACAGUGUAAUUCGGAAUGCACCAAUCCAGUUUUUACCAAGACCGAUAUCUGAGGUUCAGUCGAUCAGAGGCAGAAAAAAAAAAGAAUUGACUUGAAUAGUUUCUUUUUUUAAAACACAGACGUGCAUGUACUGAAUUA